CUCAUUUUGUAUGAACGGACAAGAACCAACCACCCUUCUCUUUCACCCUCACUUUUUCCUACAAGUACCCCUCGCAUUCAUCGCCGCUUCCAUUUUCCACCACCUCCCUCUCAAACUGGCGACUUAUAAUCACGAAACCUCUCUCCUUCGUGAAAUCAAACCAAAGAAUCGAAGAAUUAUGGGCGCCGGAGGACCUGUUGAGGAAGAUAGCAACAGGUGGCCGCCAUGGUUGAAGCCUCUACUUCGUGAAAGCUUCUUUGUUCAAUGCAAAUUACAUGCUGAUUCACACAAGUCGGAAUGUAAUAUGUACUGUUUGGAUUGCAUGAAUGGUCCUCUGUGUUCUCUUUGUCUCAAUCACCAUGAGGACCACCGCGCCAUUCAGAUACGAAGGUCAUCAUAUCAUGAUGUGAUUAGGGUAUCUGAGAUUCAGAAGUUCUUGGACAUUGCUUCAGUACAAACUUAUGUUAUCAACAGCGCAAAAGUUGUCUUCUUAAACGAACGACCACAACCAAGGCCAGGGAAAGGAGUUACGAAUACAUGUGAAGUUUGUGAGCGUAGCCUUCUUGAUUCCUUCAGAUUCUGUUCACUUGGAUGCAAGAUUGUUGGGACAUCCAAGAAUUUCGAAAAGAAGAGGAAGAUCUCGCCGGAGAAAAAGCAUUUGUUAAUGGCUGUGUCGGAUUCCGAUGAUUCAUACAGCAGUGGUAGCCAUCUCCGGCAGCUGAGCAACCACAAUAACAUCAGAAUUCACAGCUUCACUCCGUCAACGCCACCUCCGACCGCCGCAAGCUUCAGAACAGCAAAGAGGAGAAAGGGUAUACCCCACAGAGCACCAAUGGGAGGCCUAAUCAUAGAAUGUUAAGUCAACCAGCCCCUUGAACUUUUACUUAAUUACCCAAAGGUCCCCCUCUCUUGCAAAAUUCUUACAUUUCCAAACGCAAGUGCUUUUUACCUUAAAGAGCCUGUGUGCCGAAUUUACCCUUUAAUCCCCUCCAUUUGUACAAAGAAGCAGCCUAUAGGAUAUAGUAAUGGAAUAGACACUCUUGGAAUAUAGAAGGGCUUAAUUGAAAAAAAAUAAAAAGUUGUAAGAAAAUGUCAAAUAUUUGGUUUAUAGAACACGUUUUUUUUUUUUUUUUUUUGGAAAAAUGUAAUUAUGGUGUGGUAG